ACGUGUGCUGAAUCGUUGCUUCUUUGAUAGUUCAUUUUUGAACUUGUGGUAUCAACUUUUUUAUUUUACAUAACUGCCUACCUAUAAUGUUUGUAUUACAAUAACGUUGUUACUCCAAGUUUAAUUUAGUUGAUUGUAAGUAUUAGCGAUGUCAUGUACAUAAGUUAAAUCUUGUUUUUAUACAUGUCUUUACUGUUAUUUAUUAUUAUUAUUAUGGAAUAGUCUAGCUGUUGGUUUUUAUAUAAUAAAAAAUAAAUAAAAAUAAAACGUAUUGUCUGAUAUGAAUAUAUUAUUGUAAAUAAGGGAAACAACCAUAUAGAACUAUGAGAAUUAACAGCUACGGUACACUUGUCGGCGCUGUAGCGGGCCGCGCUACGGCCGCCCUGGCCGCGGCGCGUGGUGGUAGAAAAUUUUUGGUGGGAAGUAAGUGGGGUGCGCCCGCGCAACAGUCAGUCGUUGGUACGCGCGGCCCGCGCCCGCAUCGGACGCAGUGAGUGCAGUGUAGUGUGCGAACCCUGAAACAUACUCUACCCCGCAUAAACGAGAUCAGUGACGCUGAAACUAAAUAACAGUUCUACCCCCAAACUAUCGCCUCAACCAUUGAAUCCCAGAUUGCUCCUCCGUGCCGGUAAAGGAUAGUGACCUCCAGUGACAAUAACUAUAAUGUUGUUUCGGAUUUGAUAAUACACAGCUGCAUUCGGUUUUGCUACGAUAUCAUUAGAUAGCGCGGCAGGGUGGCGACCUCCAAGUAUGGCGGUGGCGGGUUGGUCGGCUCUGGGCUCACGGUGAGACGCGGCAUGAAGUGCGCGGGCAUUGCCGGGGGCGGCGGCGGCGACGAGAUCCUACUCGGCGCUUGCUGGCUUGACCCUAAGCAGGAUGCUUCCUCCCCGCCGUCUACCUGUCACGAGCUCCUCGACUCGCUUCUAGCCCCGACGCCGCUCGCGGAACUCAAGCCUCUCCCUCCCUUCACUGGCUACACCGGCCACCUAUCUAUCAACGGCAUCUCGGGCCAUCAUUAUCACGCGAUCGCCCAACGUCUUCCAGAAGAGAACAACAAUUACCCCACCCAGAGCGGUUACGGUGCGGACCACGACGUUGUGUCUUCAUCAACGUGCGCCGCAGAUAACGAACCGCCCGACCUUGAGGAUGUGAAACCAUUCCUAGAAUCACCAGACACUAAACCGUUUGCUGAAACGACUGGGUCUGGGGCGGCGGACUCUUGCGCUGCAUCUUGUUCGCCCCCGGCGAAGUUAUUCGAGGACGGUCACAAACAAGACAAUAUGUAUGAUAUAAGUUCAAUAGAAGAUAUAGCAGCUAUCAUUGGCUCGGCUAUAGCAGAUACUACGGUUCCAUCACAACCCGAAGACCCGGAGCGUAAUGACUCUAGAGACAGUUGGAUGGAUAUUGAUGCUUGGAUAGCGGGUGCUUGCAGUCAACAUGGAGACAAAAUAGUACCCCAAGACCUUGAGUUUGGUCUUCCGAGUCCUCCUCAUCAACAGCAUACAAGUCAUCACUCAAGUUUAGAUUUCCCUUGCAAACCUGGUCAGGAAUUUUCUAAAAGCCAAGAAUUUCUCCAAAAGAAUCUAGGUCAAGCUGGUUCUACACUGCAGUCAUUACUAACACACGGCUAUAUGCCGUUACUCCAAAAUCGGCUACAAAAUGGCCCACCGGUAAAACAGGAAGCGCCUAGCUCGACCAGUUACGGUAUGGAUAUAAUAUCAACAUCAUCACCUCCAGGAAAUGUAGUUUCUACGACAGAUGGCGUCAGCGGUAUAUUAAAUGGCCGGUAUACGUCCCACUACGCACUCGGUCUGAAGUCAGAUGGCCUAUGCAGUCCAGAGAGACUGUUGGGCUACCCUCACGCUCACACGACCACAGUCACACCGGUGAAUAAAAGCAAACGGAGUAGAGCGAAAGCCAAACAAGCAAACAAUGGUGCUAGUCUCCAUAGUAAUUCACUGGCGUUUCCAUCUGCGACAGCGGCUGAGUUAAGUGGUCUCCUUGGUAAAGAGAAGCCGGUGCAUCGCUGUACAAUAUGCAAUAGAGGAUUUUUGAACAAAUCAAAUAUAAAGGUGCACCUCCGUACGCAUACCGGGGAGAAGCCUUUUAGGUGUGAUGUAUGCGCGAAGGCGUUCCGUCAAAAAGCGCACCUCAUUAAACACCAACAGAUCCACAAGAGGAUCGGUAGGGACUAGGAACUUGGAUCUUCAACGCAAGCUCAAAAAGCAUUUCGUAGAUUAGUAGUGUGUUUGUGAUGUGUGCUCGAACGUGUCAGUGUGUGCGGCGGUAUCCUGCGCAGAAUCUCAAUCUAGGUUACUUGUAAAUGAUUUCUCUUCGUACACAUAUUACUGUAACCUUUUAGUAUAACAUUUCUCCUAAGGAAAAGUGCAAUGUUAACUAGUUCUAAGUCUUCAGAUUUAUUUUGUAGAUAAUUGUGUAUACGUUGUUGUGUAAUGGUUGUAAGGUUGUUCAUUCCACUUGGUAGCGAUUAUCAUAAUAUUAAUCCAACUUAUUAGGAGUAGUUUCGGUUGAUUAUUUCGCUUAUGUCUUGAGCACUGACAUGGCAUGCCGCUGUUGUUCGCACGUUAAAACACAGUGCGCGUUUCAAUGUCCAAUAUGCACAAAACAUGGACGAAAUAUUAGUUCUUCGCUAUUUAUUAAUAAAUUACUCCGAUUACCUAUUUAUAGUCAAAUUAUUGUAGAUCAUAAAUAUGUAAAUUUUAGGUACUUACUUAAAUACUUUUAAGAUACAAAGAUGACAAAGCAGAAGAGGCUAACACAAAACUCUGUAUAGGUUAUUUAUUAAAUUGACUAGGUUAAUAUUUUAUGUAUUACACUACCCCACAUCUGAUAUUCUUUUCUUUUUUUAAUAAUUUCUUACGAUUCUCCAAACAGUUCAAUACAGUGAUGUUACACCGAAAACAAAAAAAGAAAUGGUCACAAAAUUUUACUCUCUAGUAUAAUGAACAUAUCUCAGUUGGAAUCCAUUUUAGUGAGAAAUUCCUUUAUUUCUCUCAUUUUUGUUUAUUUUUAUAAUGAAAAAGAAAUCUCAUAGAAUGAACUCAGAUUUAUCUGUUCGAAUAGAAAUCAGUUUUAAUUUUUUUUUUUUUAUUAAUUGUGUAAUUUUAACAUUAAAAUUAAUGACAUCAGUAUCAAUAUACAUAUAUAUUACAUUGUGCACAUUCUACACAAAUCCUGUUUCCGAGAUUACUAGUUAUAAUUAAGAAAACUGUUAUUAAAUGAGAGAACAUAAUCUACAAAACAUCACAAUUAAAAAAAAAAAUGUUUAAUGACCGCACCUUAUUUGUUGGUACGGAUAAUAGUAGGUGUGCGAUGCGCGGGCGCACGCGAGCCGGCGGAACUGGCCGCGUCCGGGAAGCGGACGGAAAAAAACGCAAAAAUCAUUGUUCUAAUAAUACCGAUCCGUUAUUACACAACUAGUGUCAGCCCAAUUAGAACACACCGCGAAAUAUUACCUGAAAUUACACGUAAAAUGGUGACCUUCGGGUCAUAUGAGACUUACUAUUCAGUAUCAUGUCAACGAUAUCUCGAUCAUUUCAUUUCAGCUAAACAAAUUAUUAGGAAAUUAAAAAAAAUAUUAAAAUUGUACAUUCUUUUGUAAUACAUUAAGACGUAUAAAUAAAAUUUGUAGUCAAAUGUAAAUAACGUAGAAUUACUAAUUACUAAAGCCUUCGCUAAAAUUUGUCAUUUUAUCAAAUCAAAAAUUUGAUAUUUGAUAAAAUUGUAUUGCAAUCAUUUAUAAACCAAGUUUAUAACGUAAAGGCUGAAAAUAAAUGUUUGGUGCUGAUGUAUGUCUAAUAAUCAUUGCAAUGAAUUUAUUAGAAUAAUGAUAUCCUAAAACAAGACAUUUAUGACGACUUUUUUGAAAUGAACAGUAAAAAUGUUACAUAUUUUCGUAACACUCUCGUGCGUCGCUUUAUUAAGUAAGCUGGAUAGAAAUUAAUUUAGCCUUAUAUACAUAUAUGAACAAAGAAACCGCAAUGUACCUAUUAAAAAUGUUUAACAUUAGUAAUAAUACCUUGCUACAAUCUACUAACACAAAAUCUAAUCCUACACAUUCCACGAAUCAUUCGCUUCCAUGUAUUUAAAAGAAAUGCUGCGUUCGAACGCUCGUCUGCUCGCCCGGGAGUGCGUCCCGUGGCGUACGCACGCGGUACGCACGGCUGAGACGCUGGAUUCGUAUCAGAUAUUUUUAAUGAACAGUUGUAAUUGAGCGGAUAUUAAAAACAAUUCAAUUAUUGUUGUGAAAGAAUAAAACUUAAUCGUAAUUAUUACUAAAUAAUGCCUACACAUGUGAAAUGAAAAAAUUAUGAUGAAUUUAAUUUAGUGAAAAUUCUAGAAUGAAUUUUGUUUAUUUUUUCUCAUAUCUCUUAAUCGUUAUAAGAAGACUCUUGAAGUACGUAUCGUGGUAUUUAUACUCUAGUUGAAGAUAAGGUGCAUUUAUUUUUUAAGGUCUUUUUUUGAACCGAUACGUUCAUAAAUCGAAUAUCGAUUAUUCGAUUACAUGCACUCCAAUUAUGUAUUAUACGGACAUAAGAUAUAUUUAUAAUUCCCCACAAAAAAAAAUAUACUGUCUUAUUACAUUGUAUCGGAUGCGCUAAUCGGAUAUUGUCUAUUGAAACCUAAUCGAUUAAUCGUUGCUGCUGCUUAAAAUCCAUAUUUUUUUUUUAGUUUAAUUGUUUUAUUUCUUAUUUUAUUUUAUAAACAUAUUUUGAUUAUCUUUUGACUAAAAUAUCCUAUAAUCUCUUGUACUAAUUUCAGCUGAUUGAAAUAAUUUUAAUUUUUACUAAUAUAUCAAGAUGCUAUGGGGCCGCCCUAGACGGACGUAUGUCGACCAAAUAGGCGACGUGCUGAAGAAGGGCCAAAUUAAAAGUACCCGUAACCGACGAGUGUGUAUGACAAGAUUAAUGAAUGUGGAAGAAGCGAAAAAGGGUUUGUUUGAAUCGAAGCAUUUGGCGUUCCAUUGUUUCUGCCUACCCUAAUGGGAGACAGGCGUGACAGAUAUGUAUGUAUGUAUGUAUCAAGAUGCUGUAUAAAAUAUUGUUAGUUCAUCUACUUUUUUGUAGAUAGAUAAAUAGAUAAUUUAUUUGCAUUACUUACUUACAACACACAAAUUACAACAUACAUAUACAAAAAAAGCGAGAUAACAUAAAUGAUAAAAAAAAAUACACAAAGCUAAAUACAAUUUUCGUUUGUGAGUGUGUUUUUAGUUGAUUUCAAUUAUAUUUUUUGUUAUUCCUGCCUAUGGUCGACGGGUAGAUAACGCCAUAUGGUGUGAAGUCACCUACUUAUACAGUUCAAACAUAUUGAUGUUUUAAUAAAUAAACAAUCAGUAAAUUUCGUUUUAUAAUUUAUAGACGAGCGUUUCGACCGCAGCGUUUCUCACGCCGUACGUAGUUAGGCCUCGAAAAGUACCUUUUGCUAGUUAUGGGAUAUUAGUUUGUAAGUAUUUAUUGAUAAAUGUAAUUUUGUAAUUCUGUUUUUUUUUUUUUUUGUAAAUUUCUCCGCGAUCUAUUACAGUGCGUACUUUUAAGUAAAAGUUAGUUAGCUAAGAAAAUGUUAUAUUUUCUAGAGGUUUUUUUUUCCAUUACGAAUAAAAUGUAAAUUAAUGUAAAAAUAAAUGGAAAUUUUUGUUAACGAUACUCUGUGUUUUGUUUAUUUAUUUUCCGUAUACUAAUAUUUUUUUUAUAAUAACUAAUUGUUUGGAAAUAUACAUCAACCGACUUCAA